CUCGAAAAUAAUAUUGUUGUAGGGGUAAAUGAAUAAUAACUGUGAAUUUUUCACUCUUAUUUUUGGGAGUUUCGUCCGUCCUGUUACGUUGUAAAGCAUAAACGUUGGUGGAUUUUUCAUUUACCGUGCCUAUUCACUAUUAUUCAACAGCUCCAUUGUUUUCUUCAAAAUCAAUGUUCUAAUACAUUAUAGUGCAAUAAUUGUAUAAAAGAUGAGACGACGAGCUGGUGUCGGUGCUAUUCAAAAACAAAAAUUGGAACAAGAAAAGUAUAAGGACAAAGGAACAGUAAUCCAAGAAAAUCAAUUUGAACAAAUGACCAAACAAUUGGAGGUGUUCCGUGCUAAUUUGGAAGAAUUUGCUACCAAGUACAAAAAUGAAAUCAAAAAAAAUUCACAGUUUAGACGACAAUUUCAAGAAAUGUGUGCAUCCAUUGGUGUUGAUCCUUUAUCUUCUGGAAAAGGUUUUUGGUCCGUUCUUGGGAUAGGUGAUUUUUACUAUGAACUAGCGGUUCAAAUUGUUGAAGUUUGCAUGGCAACUAGUUACAAGAAUGGUGGUAUCAUUGGAUUGGAUGAGCUUAGAGAUCGUUUAAUUAAAGCCAGAGGACGUAAUGUACAACAUCAAGAGAUCACAUUGGAUGACUUGUUAAGUGCUGCUAAGAAGCUAAAAAUAUUUGGCAAUGGUUUCUGUAUGAUACCUGUUGGUAAAGGCCAAUAUAUGGUACAGUCCGUUCCAGGAGAACUGAGUAUGGAUCAGACUGCUGUACUAAAAUUGUUGUCUUCUUCUGGCAAUGCAUACAUUACUUUUUCAUCUCUUAAAGAUCAGCUCAAUUGGGAAGCAACAAGGGCUGCCAAUGCUAUUAAUCAAAUGGUAGCCGAAGGUUUAUGUUGGGUGGAUGGUCAAAAUGACUGCGAAAUAUCUUACUGGUUUCCGAGUAUGUUUACUGAAUGUAUAUCAUCAUAAUGAUAAUGUCCUAUUUAAAAUUAUUUGUUUAUAAUUAUAAGAACUACUGUUAUGUACUAUAAAUACAUUAUUCUAACAUGCACAAAUGGAACUUAAUGAUACAAAAUAUCUAAUUAAAACCCACCUUUCUUUUUUA